GAGCAGUAGCAGUCUUGUUUUUUGGUCCGCAGCUUUUAGUCUUAACUCUCAAGACUCUCUAGUCUCUACCCAGAACCACAAACAAGCCACGACUAUGGCCUCCACCCCUAUCAUUAACAACCCCAUCUCCCUCUCUCUCCUCACCCUCCUCCUCCUCCUCUCUCUCUCCUCCCUCUCUUUCUCAUCAACCCCCACAACCCCAACCCCAUGGCCCCACCAAUUCCACUCGCUCCUCUUCAUGAACCGCAGCGGGACCCUCCAAGCGCUCGACCUCUGGUACGACUGGCCCAACGGCCGCAACUUCAACAUCAUCCAGAACCAGCUUGGAACGCUCACCUACGACCUCGAGUGGAACAACGGCACUUCGUUUGUGUACACCCUGGACUCGAGCCGGGAGUGCCGUGUGCUGGCCCUCGAGGUCGGUAUCCUCCGGCCCGAUUGGCUCGACGGCGCGAAUUACCUCGGGCAGCGGUACAUGGACGGGUUUCUGUGCAAUGUUUGGGAGAAGGUUGAGUUUAUUUGGUACUAUGAGGAUGUGAUUUCUAAACGGCCUGUUUUUUGGGUUUUCUAUUCAGGAUAUUCUGCACAUGUGAUGACAUUUGAGGUAGGAAGAGUGCUUGAAGAUGCAAGGUGGCAAGCCCCCGUAUAUUGUUUUGAGGAGACCGGGGAGAAGAAGAGUCCACUUAUUGAAUAUGUGGUUAAUGUCGGUCUUCAUGGUCGCUUGAUGAGAGGCGUGAUGAAUACUACUAGUAGUCUUUGAGUCGUGCAUUUCCAGGAAUUUCUCUUUACGUUUUAUUCUGAAAGCUCACUGAAUCACACUCUACGCGAAGGAAAUAAAGGGUUGGAUAAACUUGCUAGAACGGGUGUUGAUCAAGAGGACAAGAUGGUGUCCCUAGUCGCCCCUCCAGACAAGAUCAUUCCCUUACAUGAGGCCGACAUGGCCGGUGUGUCUUUUGGGAGAUUUUAGAACCUGUUUGUUUUUCUGUUGUACCCCACCAAUAUCCAUGAAUCAAUCCUACUUGUGUUUACAAUUUGAUCCAUUGGCUUUUAGUUCUCAGUUCUUAGUUACAUACAA